GUAUUUAAUCACUAACACAUAGUUGUGUAUUUAUUCUUCAGUUCCUAUCGCGAAUCAUUACACUUAGCCGUUGCUUCCACCCUCCCCAGCAAACACAUCAAGUGUGACAUGAACGUGGGGUUGAAAGGCAGCUUUAAUAUUCCCCAGAAUAGAACUUUGACUUCGGUGCCCAGUGUUCAACAUCAUGGCAUCUAACAUUGUCACUUUGGCGCAGAUACCAACACUGACACAGUUAUAUCGUGGUAGACUGCUAUCGCCAUCCCAACAACCAGGGAGCAAUAGUCCAUCCAAAGCACUAAACGAUAUCCUAUCUCAUAUUCAAUAUGACAUCACCAGGUUACAGGUGGAUGGCAUUGUGAAUGCUGCAAACCAAUGGCUCCAAGGUGGUGGAGGAGUCGACGGUGCCAUACAUCACGCCGCAGGUAGUCAGCUGCUCGCUGAAUGUCGCACUCUCGAUGGCUGCAACACGGGCGAUGCAAAAAUCACGAAUGGCUAUAACUUACCCGCUGCAAAAGUUAUUCAUGCCGUUGGUCCGAUUUACGAAGAGCGCUAUCACCUUACUUUAGAGCGGCUUCUCCGUAGCUGUUAUCGACGAAGCUUACAGUUAGCUGUGGAAAAUAAUCUACGCUCGGUAGCUUUCUCGGCUAUUAGUACUGGCGUCUAUGGUUAUCCGAAUCUAGAAGCAGCUCAAGCUGUCCUGGAUGAAGUUGGGAAGUUCUUGAGGAAGGAUGACAACGCCUCGAAAUUCGACCGGAUCAUCUUUUGCAGCUUUAUGCCUGCUGAUGUUGAGGCAUACCAGCGCUUUUUACCGUUCUAUUUCCCACCUAUGCCCGAAGACAUUGGAAAUGCAAACACCUCUCCCGAGACGAAGGCCGAUAAUGGUUGGUGAAUCUUUUCACCGUCAAUCAAGAGUCAACCAAACGAUUGACAUGAAAAUUUAUCAUUAGAUACGGAGUUCGUCGACGUGAAUGAUGAAAGCUUCAAGUCGGUUACUGAUGACGAGCAGGAUUGGGAAGAGCUGUCUGAAGGUGCCAAUCACCAUGAUCUAGAUGAAGAACCUGUCGAAUUAAACUCUCAGGCGGCCUCCGUAACGGAUAUUCAGAGCAUGCAGUCCAGUUCGGCCGAAUUUGAUGAAUUGUCGAAAUCCGAGACUGAGCAUAAAUCAUGAUUCGCUAGGUUGACGCGGAGGAAAGUAUUGCUGCAGACCUUUACAUGGUCGGCGAGCGUGUAGAUACCAGCUAUUAGCUAGUUAUGAUGAGUAUAUGCUUAGUUAAAUAU